UGCUUCAUUUUCGCUCUCGUUCAUUUGAUGGCGAUGGCGGUUCCCGCGCGAACCACGGAGGCGGUUGAACGGAGCCCGUGGUGGGACGCGGCGGUGCUACGGCAAACGCAGGACGCUCUGGAGCCGAAUGCCGAUCCUAACGUUUGGGCGUUCCAUGUGACCACGACGCUUCACUCCUCCGGCGUCACUCUCCCUUCCGUCGACCUCGCUCACCUCUUGGUCUCGCACUUGUUUUCCGAUGGUAAUCUCUCUCCCACCGCGUGGAAGCUUCUCCACACUGCUUCCUCCCUCAACAUUAUCCCUCCCUUCCUCCUCCUCGCCCUUCUCUCCACAAGGGUUGUUCCAAGCAGACUACUUCAGCCUAAGGCUUACAGGCUUUAUCUGGAGCUCCUCAAGCUAAAUGCCUUCAUGCUUCGAUCUCAUAUCGGUUCUCCCAACUAUGAAAUGACAAUGAAAUCAAUUGAUGAUGUUCUUCAGCUGUCCCAUACAUUCAGCCAAGAGGUGUGUGGACCAGGAGUUGUUCUUGUUGAAUUUAUCUUUUCAAUUGUGUGGCAGUUACUUGAAGCAUCAUUAGACGAUGAAGGGUUACUAGGUCAUGGUCCAGAGAACAAUCCUAGAUGGCUAAGCAGAUCAUGCGAUAUGAAUAUCGAUGGACCUGUCUGCUUCAGUGAAAAGAAAACUGAGCCGAAGGAAGGGUUCCAAUGGGAAAAUACGGCAAUGGCUAUUGAGAUCAUUGCAGAGUUUUUUCAAAACAAAAUGACUUCAAGGAUCCUUUUCUUAGUUCUUCAAAACAUGCCAUCACAUUGGGGAAUUUUCAUUCACCAAAUGCAGCUGCUUGCAUCGAACUCUACAGUUUUGAGGAAUUUGAAACAUAUUGAUUUGAUGGAAAAUAUUCAUGGCGUUGUAUCUCAUGAGUGCAAAACAAACUCUAAGCUGAAGCUUAAUGUAGUACCUGCUUGUUAUUAUAUCUCUUCCGCUGAUCACUCUUAUGGAGAUAGUUGGUCUUCACUCUGGCUUCCUUUCGAUCUUAUCCUGGAAGAUGCUUUAGAUGGAGGGCAAGUAGCAGCAUUUAGUGCUAUUGAAAUUAUUGCUGGACUGGUGAAGAUUUUACAUGCAGUUAAUGGCACUAUGUGGCACAAUACAUUUUUGGGUUUAUGGGUUGCAGCACUGCGGUUGGUUCAAAGGGAGAGGGAUUCAAAUGAAGGUCCUGUACCUCGCCUUGAUAUUUGCAUGUGUAUGUUAUUGAGCAUUACAACACUCGUGGUCACUCAUAUUAUUGAAGAAGAGGAAGGUAAAUUGAUUGAAGAAGCUGAACGAAGCCCUACAAAUCAAGGGAAAGAUAAACUGGUUGUGGGGAAGCGUCGUGAGGAAUUGAUGAUCAGCUUACAGCUAUUGGGUCAUUAUGAGUGCUUACUUACUCCACCUGUAUCUGUAAUUGAGGAAGCCAAUCAAGCUGCUGGAAAGGCUAUUAUGUUCUUAUCAGGAAAACCUGUUGGUAGUGGGUAUUUGGAGUAUGAUGCGAGCUUCAGUGACUUGCCCAUGAAAUGUUCAGCUGGCAACUUAUGGCAUCUAAUUGUGGAGGCUUGCAUUGCAAGAAAUCUACUUGAUACAUCAGCUUAUUCUUGGCCUGGCUAUGUGACUGCAUACGACAGUCAAAUUCCUUGUAGCAUUUCUAACGACAUGUCUGGCUGGGCUUCAUUGAUGAAGGGUUCACAACUAACUCCUGAAUUGGUGAAUGUCUUAGUUGCAACUCCUGCCUGCUGCUUAGCAGAGAUUGAAAAAAUCUAUGAAAUUGCAAUCAAUGGUUCAGAUGAAGAAAAGAUAUCUGCUGCUACCAUUCUGUGUGGGGCAUCUCUAAUACGUGGAUGGAAUAUCCAGGAGCAUGCCAUUCUUUUCAUCACCAAAUUGCUCUCACCAAUAGUUCCUCCUGAUCACUCUGGGACUGAAAGCCAUUUAAUCAGCCAAGCUCCAUUUUUAAACGUCCUUCUUGUUGGAAUUUCAUAUGUAGCCUGUGUUCGUAUUUUCUCCCUGCAUGGUUUGGUUCCAGUACUUGCGGCAGGGCUAAUGCUAAUAACUGAGGUCUUUGGAUCAUGUGUUCCUGAUAUCUCAUGGACUCUUGCAACCGGAGAAAAACUCUCUCCUCGUGAGGUGUUUUCUAAUGCAUUUACUCUUUUGCUGAGAUUCUGGCGGUUUAAUCUUCCACCUGUUGAACAAGUGAGGAGAGGUGCGGCAACUCCACCCUUUGGAUCACUACUUAGCCCUGAAUGCCUUUUAUUGGUCCGAAACUGUAAAUUAGCAUCAUUUGGUAGUUCAGCAAAGGAUCGACAAAAGCUCAAAAGACUGUCAAAAUUUUUAAGUUUUCCUAUAGAAUCUGUAUAUAUGGAUUCCUUUCCAAAAUUAAGCUUUUGGUAUCGGCAACAUCAAGAAUGCAUUGCUUCAACCCACUCUAGUCUUGCUCCUGGAGGGCCUGAUCAUCAGAUUGUUGAUGCUCUACUAAGCAUGAUGUCUACGAAGGUUACAAAUGGUGCUGAACCUUCGACACCUACAACUUUAGGAAGCAACAGUUCUCCUGGGUCUGCAUUGGAUGAUACUUUAAUGAAACUAAAAGUGCCUGCCUGGGAUAUCCUCGCAGCUAUUCCUUUUGUCCUGGAUGCUUCUCUGACAGCUUGUGCUCAUGGAAGACUCUCUACCUGUGACCUAGCCACAGGCCUCAAAGCUCUAGCCGAUUUUUUUCCAGCAUCGUUGGUUACCAUCGCAAGCUACUUUUCAGCUGAAGUUACACGGGGCAUAUGGAAGCCGGCUUUUAUGAAUGGAAGUGAUUGGCCUAGCCCCGCCGCAAAUUUAUCUCUAGUUGAGCAACAGAUUAAAAACAUUCUAGCAGCCACAGGUGUUGAUGUCCCAAGCCUUGCUGUGGAUGGAGAUUCUCCACCUACACUUCCUUUGCCUUUGGCAGCUUUUGUAAGCCUCACAUUAACAUAUAGACUUGAGAAAGCUACUAGGAGAUUCCUUGUCCUGAUUGCCCCUGCUCUUGAAGCCCUUGCUUCUAGUUGCGCCUGGCCCUGCAUGCCCAUUGUGGCUUCUUUGUGGAUCCAGAAGGCGAAGCGUUGGAACGACUACUUUCUGUUCUCUGCUUCCAGCACUAUCUUCCACCACAACAGGGAUGCUGUAGUUCAACUUCUAAAAUGUUGCUUCACAUCCACCCUUGGACUUGACUCUGCCUCUGUUUAUAAUAACAGUGGUGUUAGUGCCCUCCUAGGUAAUGGCCUUGGUGGGACCUCUCCAGUUUCUCCAGGGAUUCUUUACUUCAAAGUGUAUCGGUAUAUUGAAGAUAACUCAUUCCUGACUGAAGAAAUUUUGUCGACUUUGAUGCUUUCAGUUAGAGACAUAGCAAGUAGUGAAUGUGAAUUACCCAAGCGGGGUGUAAAGAAAGUUAACAAAACCAAGCAUGGAAGAAAACAUGGGCUAGUUUCUUCUCUUGCUAGAUCCAUGGCACGUGUGAAGCAUGCGGCUCUACUUGGUGCUUCAUUGGUUUGGAUAUCAGGUGGACAAAAGCUGGUUCAGUCCUUGAUAAUGGAGACUCUUCCUUCAUGGUUUUUAACAGCGCAGGAAGGUGGGGAACCUGGAGUUGUAGUUGGCAUGCUUAGAGGUCAUGUGCUGGCAUUUUUUGUUAUGCUCAGUGGGGCAUUUGCAUGGGGCAUUGACCAAUGUUCACCUCCACCAAAACGAAGGGCAAAGGUUCUUGGGCUGCAUUUGGAGUUUCUUGCAAGCACCCUGGAAAAGAACACAUCCCUGCGUUGUCAUUUCACUACUUGGCGAACCUACGUGUCAGGUUUUGUGAGCUUGAUGGUGAAUUGUGCUCCGGUUUGGGUCCGGGAAGUCGAUGUGAUUUUGUUGAAGAGACUGAGCAGGGAAUUGAGACGGUUGAAUGAACCUGAGUUGGCUCUUCGCCUUUUGGAACUUGGAGGGAUAGGUGUCAUGGGUGCAGCUGCUGAAAUGAUAAUUGAAUUAGAACAAUAACAUAGACUUUAAUUCUAUCAGAACUGGCAAAUACUAUACUGAUUCAUAUGUUUUGUGCUCUAGGGAGGCUGGUAUUCGACAUUUUCUUCAUUCAGCAGAAGUUGGAAAAUAGUUACUUCAUAGGUAUACCUUCCUGUAGGUAGUCUAGAAAGAAUGGUUAGCAUAUAUAUCAAAUGGAACAUGAAAAACAAGAUCCUGCAAUGAAUUCCUAGUUAUCACUUUGUUCACUUGCAUUGAUCAAUUAUAGAUCAAAUUGGCACGAUGAAAUAUUUUGUUGUACAUUCCAAUAUGCUUCUAGCCAAAUGGAUUUCACAUUGAUUAUGUUU